AUGUCGGUGAACGAAAGUUUUGAAGGUGAACAAUUAGUUACAGAAGAAUUUAACGGUGCUCAAUGUAAGUUUUAUUUGAUUCUUUAUGUUGAUAAUGCUUGAAAAAGGUUUAUAAGUCGAUUUAAGUUUGCGAAAUCUAAGUUUUUACGUCUAGCUUUUAAUUUUCAGAUGUAAACGAUAUCUUGAACAACUCCCGGCCGGGGGAAGAAGUGAACAAGCUUCAUGUCUUAAAGUCAAAGUUAACUGCAGAAUCCAACACGGCUUCAGAGCAGAUCAAAGACAUUAUUUUUGAUCACUACCGACAGUUCAUCGACACUUCGAAAGAAGUUUCGUGUAAGUUUAUUUUACAAUUAAUAUUGUUCAAUGUUUAGCGUUGGAGAAGGAGAUUUAUGAACUGUCGACCUUGUUGACGGAUCAAAAGGCUUUGAUUGAGAAUUUGAUGGAUCUUUGUGGCCAAGAGAAAGGAUCAGUUUGUAGUGUUUCGUUACAUUCCGCUGGGAAUAAUCAAUCGAAUUCACUACAAACUUUGAUGCACAAGGUCGAGGGGAUUGCUGUGAGUUUAAGUUUUUAUUUUGGUUAUAUUUAACAGGGUUUAUUGAUUAAAAAUAGCAUUUUGAUUUAGGUAACAAGGAAAGUAUGAUGUACGACUAUUUUUUGAUCAUAACUUUUGUGUUGCUUUUAGGAUGAAUUGAACCGUUUAAAACCGACUGAAAAGAUCCUUCUGCAAUCAGAGUUUACCUUACUAUCAGAAAAUACGAUGGAGCCAGUGCAUUCAGUCUUUUUGGUGUUGUUAACAGAGACGUUCUUCAUUUGUAAUCCUUCAAACAAUCCAAAAAUGAAGUUUACCUUCGUAUCAGCGCAUCGCCUGGAUUCUGUAGCCAUUGUCAACGUGAAAAGAGCUGCCACAGAGAACCCAUUUGCUGAACUGAUAAUGCAAUUGAUGAUAUUUCCAGAACAGUUGUAUUUAAAAUGUGAUGCACCUAGAGUGAAAAAACAGUGGUUGGAGGGAAUUGAAAAUGCGAAAAGAAGUUUGGAAAAGGAAAAGAAUUUGCAUAGACAGGCUACGAUUAGAGGUAAGGAAAGUUGAUAUUAUAGUAGGUUUUAAAGGCAUUGAGAUCUGACAUUAAAAUUAAAUUUUAAGAAUGUUUUUUUGAUUAAGAAAGUUAAUAUUUUUAAUUUUUUAGUUAAUGUUUUUGAAAUUUUCAGCCAAAAGACGCAAAUCCUCGGCAGCGACGCAUCCAGCAGAUCCUCGUGAUCGAUUGGCUACAAUAAAGUCUCAGAAUUCAGAAGCGAUCCAAGAAGAUGAUCAAGAGAAACUAGAAGCUGAUAUGGAAUGGUUGAGAGGGUUAGAGAACGAUCUACAAGAAGAAAUAAGUCAUAGACGAUUGGAUAUGGCAGUAGAGUUGUUGAUGGAGACUAAAACAGCCAAAUGCACGGACCCAGAAUUGAAGGCACGGAUCGGAGCUUACGAAAAACAGAUUAUUAAGACGCUCAGUGAUGAGGUGAGUAGUAGGUAAUAGUAUUGGAUACGUGACAAUGGAUUUUGAGGUUUGAACACUUGAAAAGUAUUGGAAAAAUUGGUAAAUAAUAUCGUAAAGUUGAGUGCUGUGGGCAGUAUAUUAAAAGUAAAAAGGCUUUGAGACUUUAUAAAGCAUAUGUAAUAUUAUUUACAACAUUUACGUUAUUCAUCAUUUAGAUAAAACGUCCCGGCGCUUUGCACGGUGGAGCCAAAGCCCUUCAUCGUCCCCUAACUCUCCUUAAAUCUCUCGGUCGAUCUACAUAUGCCAUUGAUUUGUACCUAAAACGUCGAAGCUCAGCUCUAAGUCAACGAGCACGGGAGUUCACAAUAUCAGAAGAGCCGUUAUCGUACGUUAGACAUGUCUCCACAGUAUUCAUCAGUGCCAUUUUGGAAGUGAUAACAGAGUUUAAAAAAGAGAAAGAAGACUACUGUUUGGUGGUACAAUGGGCUUGUUCCGAGCUGAGUUUGUUGUUGUCACUGAUAAGAAGACACGUGUUGGAAGUGGCACCAACAAUGGCGGUUCUCACUAAUGCGUGGCGGAUUCUGGCUGGGGAGUUGGAGAUCUUGAGGUAUAUUAAUAUAUUUUUAUGUUUUGAAUCAAAAGAUAAUAUAUAUGACGAAUUAGGCGAAUUAUAGAGAUUUGAAAUGGAAUAGUUGAUGUUUUAGGUAUGAAGGACUUGACUUGUCGUUUGAGGUUAAUCGAUUACUGGCACCCUCUUUGAGAACGGCUUUGGAGAGCAACUUUACGAACAUCAUUGAGUCUACGCGGUUACGAAUUCAGGUGUGUAAAAACUUAAAAAGUUUUGAAUUGUUGUCAUUUUUAGAUUUUAAGGAAGUUUUUAGAAUUCAAAGAAAAUUUUACAAUUUCAAAAAGUUCAAACUUGAAAAAUAAAAUUUCAGGAAGAAAGAUGGCAACCCUACAACCUAGAAACCGAAUCCAGCCUGAAUCGUUACCUAGAAGAGAUGUCCGACCUCGGCCUGUGCAUCGAUUGGGCCAUAAUGCCGCAUCAACCUCACUCUCUGAGUAUCUCCCAAAGUGGCUGUGAAUUCGCAAGAGUCGCCAGAAGUUUGAGCAGAGAUUUGUCACUGUUAAAGUCUUCAGGUCAUUUACGAGAAUUGUCAAUCGAUUUCAUAAGAACUGUUUGGUCGGAUUAUUGUGAAUUGCUGGCUCAGCCCAUCAACACGGAUGUGCACACUUUCACUUGCAAAUUUAUUGUCAAUCAGGUAGGGUGUUGGUUUAGGUAGUGCACUAUAGUGGUUAGUCAGGUAUAAGAGAUGUUGUUUGGGGAGAAGGUGGUUAAUAUUGUAGAGUGUUGGAUAGUAGCCCACAUCAAGGCGAUCUAAUAGUAAAAACGGCUAUCACGGCUCUUUAAAAAAAUACAUCAUGUCUGCUUUCGACUUGACCUAUAGCUUGACUUUUUUUGAAAGGAGUAUAGGAAACUAAUUUUUGUAACUUUCCAGCUGAUUCCCUUGUGUGAAGAGAUUUACCGUGAAGACUUGAUCCGCCUCCUGCUACAAAAACGAUUCCCCUCCUUACUUCAGUUUGUCGACCGACCAUUACAACGAGUAGAGGACGAUCAAGAAGAAGAAGAUGUAUAA